AUGCAGACUGCCACGGCCGUCGCUCAAAUGCGCCAGGAACGUGACAAGUUCCGCUGCGCAUUCCUUGAGAACUGGAACGCCCAGGAUGUCGAUGUGGUUAUCGGCCCGUGUUUCGUCGGGCCCGCAUGCGCUCACGAAAGCGCUUUCUACUGGACCUACACUUCCCUCUGGAACUUCGUUGAUUACCCCGGCGUAGUGUUCCCGACCCCCAUCAAAGCCGAGGUCGGUGAAAAGUACGCCGCUGACUACACGCCUCUGAGCGACGAUUGUAAACACGUCAAGCAGCUUUGGGACAAGGGCAAUUUCGAAGGCGCGCCCAUCACCCUGCAGUUGAAUGCCCGUAAGUAUCACGACAAUCAGCUUUUAGGCGCAUUGGCAUUGGUGAAGGAUGUUCUGGGCCUCCCGUAG